AUGGAAACUGUAGGCUUCUUCGGACCGGCAGCCCUGAUUUGCACUGGCGUGGUGAUCGUCAGCUUAUUCUCAGGAAGAGUGCCAGCGCGGUGGCCCGUUCCUCGCUAUAUCGUCGCAGCACGCCGAAGCUUUUGGAUGAUGAUCGUCAUAUACGCGGCGGCCGGAACCGACCCCAUCAUCGCCUCCGACACGAUCCGCGCCUUGUCAUCGUCGCUGAACCGUCGCCGCGGCUCUGCCCUAUCCAUCUCGAUAAUUCGCGUAGCCAUGAUGCCGCACCGGUGUCUGCCACAGUGCCGCACCUGUGGCUUGCGCAUCACCUCGUCAGCAAGGCGGAGAAGACCGGACGCUUACACGGAGACUAUGCUUCAUCGGGCUGUACGGCGCCUGAGGGCGCAGGCAUGCGGCCCGUGCACCGACCCUUGGAGGCACGGCCCAUCUCCGCAAGCGUCAUGGAUAACACCGGGGCGCCAGCACCGGCCGGUAUCGAACCCUGCUGUGUGCUUGCGCCAGCGCGAUCAGAACGUGCCGGGGCGGCCGUUGUUUGAAGCGGCGGGGAUCGAGGAACCGGCGAGCAUGGCCAUGCCGGCGAUGGCCGCCGCCACCCAGCAAGCCGCUGUCAGGACAGAGGGUAAUCCAGCAGACUGGCGGCUGCCUGCCAGCAACAGUGCGACCGUCAGCCCCGCCAAUCGGCGCACGACGGGCCAGUUGCGCGCGCGCGAACCCGGACGCGUUUGCGACAAGGCGAGCAACGUGCCGCGCAGCUGCUUGCGAUUGGCGGCGCCCGCGUCCGCCCCGUCGUCGUAUAGCGGCUUUAGCCCCACGUCCCUGCAAACGGCGUCCACGUCGCUACGUAGGCGAUCAAGCCGGUCCCAGUCGACGGCGCCGUAA